UGGGCGGAGCUCUCUGCGAGCUGCUGAGAAGGGGCGGUGGCGGAGGUGGCGGCGGUGGGGCAUCCCGGGGCCAGCAAGGGAAGAGGUGACAGAGGGCGGCGCGGGGCGGGGCGCUGCAGGCCUCGCGUCCACCUGCCCGGCCGCUCGCACUCGUGUCGGUCGGCGGGGCCUGCGCGGGCCCAGGCCCAUGGCGGCGUCCGCGGCUCUGUCGGCGGCGGCGGCGGCGGCGGCCCUGUCAGGCCUGGCGCUGCGGCUGUCGCGCUCGGCAGCGGCCCGCGGCUCGUACGGCGCCUUCUGCAAGGGGCUCACGCGCACCCUGAUCACCUUCUUCGACCUGGCCUGGCGGCUGCGCAUGAACUUCCCCUACUUCUACGUGGUGGCCUCGGUGAUGCUCAACGUCCGCCUGCAGGUGCGGAUCGAGUGAGCGCACGCCGCCGCAGCCCCGGCCAGAGGGACCGGCGCGCGCGGCCCAGACGGACAGGGGCGCCGGCAUGGAGGACGGCCGCCGGCACGCGGCGGGGGCAGGAGGCGGGGCGGCCGGGGCCCCCGGACCCUAGACCUCCGCGGGAGGACGCGGGCCACCGAGCCACCCAGCCGGGCCCCGGCCGCGACCCGCCCACACGCGUCGCGGCCGGUGACCCAUUGCACAGAACCUCGCCAGACGGGUCCUUUCCGUCGGGCUCGAGAAGGAAAACACCAUUUGACUGCGGCCGACCUGUCGCCUCACGUUGGCCGGGGUGGGGGAAGCAGAAAGGAAAAAUUCUGCAGCAGGGACUUGACUGGCCCUGACCAACAAGGCUUGGCCCCCCGAGCCCAGGAUCACGCGAGAGAACCUCCUCUAGAUGGGCUUGGAUGGUCCUGGAGGCCCCGGGUGUGCUGCUCCCCCUGUACCAGGAUGGCCAGGCUCGGCCCCGGGGGAGCCAGGAAAGACCCCGGUCCCACAGCCGCUCCGCCGCUGGCUGCUCUCGGCCCCCAGUGCUCCGAGUUCCUGGGACUGAAAACCGAAGUGGUCCGGUCAGCCCCAGGGACAGAGUGGCCCAGGGUCACGCCACCUGCCCUCCUCUGCCGUCCAGCUGGAAGCCCGGUCCUGGGUGAAGGGCUCUGCCUGCCUGGCCCUGGGGACUGAGGCCAGACGAGGCCACCAUGUAUCCCCUGCAGUUUCCCCGCAGACAGGGUGUACUGGCUUCCUUCCUUGUAUCGAGUGUCCUGGGAUCCCUGGUCCUGUGGCCCCUCCUGCACCCAAUCCCCUUCCACCCGGAACCACUUGUGGGAGCCUGCCAGCCUGCUGACUCCAUCCACAGAUCUGUGGGGACAGCCUGCGAGAGCCACACGGGCUGCCUGAGAUGAGAGGACGAGGGACCUCCUCGGGGCUGAUCCACAGAUGUGCCCCGUUCAAGCCCAGGUCUCACCCUCGGGGUGACCCGCUCCCCAGCUGCAGCCUUGUGGCUCAGCUGGAGCUGCCCGGGGCCUAUGACACCUCUUCCCAACAGGGAGAAGUGUGGGGGGAGCCUCAGGGCCCCUGGCCUGAGACCCCUCCUCUGCAGGGACGCCCCGCCCCGCCCCGUGGGUCCCGGGUCCCGGUCCCGGUCCCGAGGGCGAGGGCGCAGGAAGUCUCAGCGCGAGGCCCGGGGACUGGGGAGGGUCCGCACAUCUUCAGCAUGUGUUCCUGCCUCUGCUUUUCUGACCAUUUUGGCCUUGAGUAGUUAGCGUGCUUCCUCCCCCACCUCUCCCCUCUCCCCCCAGUCGGCCCUGGCUGCCUGAUGGGCUCUCAGUGCACUUUAUUUAUUUGCAGUCUGUUUUCCAGGCAGCGAAGCUUCUACAAAAUCAGAGACACGAGCUGAAUAAGACGAGCGUCACUUUCCUGCGUGUGAUUGACUGUACUGGUCAGCACCGUCUGCUGAGAAAUGUUCUUGCUUCUGGUAUUGUCAAAUCUUGUCACUCUAAGUGCAAAACCAAACCAAACAAGACUCCUUGAGUUCAAUAAAAUAAAAUAAGACCAGA